AUGUUAUCUUAAAAAAAAGAGUAAUUUAGGAAUCAAAUUAGAAAGCAAAGAUUAGAGGCAUUUUUAAUGGAAAGUAGGAAAAAAAAUAUGUUAAAAAAUGAUGUUUAAUAAUAUUAAGAUUAGAUGGAUGAUGAAAUAGUUGAAUUAUGCAAUCAAGUAGAAGCAGAUUAAAAUUUUAAUAUUUUGAAAAUACCUCUUCUAAAAACAAUUUUAGAGAGAGAUUUAACAAAUUCAACAAUUUUGUUUAUAUAAUUAAUUGUGAAGAAGUGCAAAGAGUCUAAAUAAAUAGAUGAUUUAGAAACCCUCUUUGAAGAUUAUCAUUUAGGCUAAAGAAUAUUGGGAAUUUGUGAGAAAGAAUAGAAUUUAGUAUAUUUAGAUGAAUAAUUAUAUCUACUUGGAUAACUAUCAUAAUCAUCAUUGCUUUGUUAAGCUACAUUAAUAUAAAUUUAAAUUGUUCAAAGUUUAAACAAAAUAGUAGAUCUUGAAAUUGAGUCUGAUGAUAAUCUUAUGUCUACAUUUAUGUAUCUGAUAACUACAUUUGUUGAACCUAAUAGUAGAAUACCUUUUUAGGAUGUUAAAUAAUUUAUAUCAAUUUUAGAUAAAUUAUGCAAGAAAUUAAGAAGCAUUAAUUAUUUAGACAUUGAACUAGAUUUAGAAAAUAAUGAAAAAUAUUCUGAGACUAAACACUCUUUUUUAAGUAGAAUACUCUUAUUUGCUCGCUACUUUGUUGAUAAAUCUCAAUUCACAAUUAAUCUUACACUCUAUCAAAAUUUUUGGAUAAUACUCACAACUUUAGCAUUUAUAGUUUAAGAAUAGUAUUCACUUAGAUAAACUGCUUUAUAAGUAAUAUCUGAAUCUAUGAAAUUAAAUGAUUAAUAAUUGAAAUUUGAUAUCAUUGAAAAACAUCCAGAUAUAUUCUUUUAGUUACUUAUUAUUAUUGAUCAUCAUCAGUCAAAUAAUAAAACUACUGAUAAAUGUAUAAGAACUUAAGCAUCUAUUAUAAUGAAAUAGUUGUUUUGUGAUUAAUCUUAAUACAUAAUCUAAAAUAUUCAUUUGAAUUAAAUUCCCUUAUAAUUUUUAUAAUUGGUUGAAAGAGAAAGUAAUUAUUUAAUUAAUCUUAGAGGAUCGUCAAGUCUUAUAUCAUUAAUUAGAAGGUUUAUUUCUUUUAUGUUCAAACAGUACUUUUGAGUAAUGUAUCGAUCUAUAUAACAAUGGAUUAUUGACUCUCUUGAUAUCAACAUAUUAAGAAAUGAAGGAAUGGCAAGAUUAUAUCCUUUGCAAAUAAUUAAUUAAAUGUAAUCUUUUAUUAAUUUAGUGACCUUUUCUAUUUUAUAACAUAAUUCUAGUGAUAAUCGAAUAGUGAACUUUUUAAAGCAAAAUAAAAUAACAUUAUAUUUAAAUGAUAUAGUCAUCCAUUGCAAACAUGAAAUUACAUGUCAAAGAGCAAAUUAAUUACUUAAAUAUAUUUAAUGA